CUCUCUCCCUCUCUCUCAGAAAGCAAAGCAGUGUGAGAAACGCAGCCUAACGCUCUCUCUCUCUCUCUCUCUCUCUGAAAAAUGGAGGACAAAUCUCAGGUGAUCAUCGACAAGCAAGAAGUCGGCGGCGGCGAGGAAGAGGAAGAGUUCUACGAGAAGAUCGAAGCGCCCAAGUUCGUGGACUUCACGGACCCCAAUCCUUACCGUCCCGAUGAUAAGUACUGGUUCUGCCUUCGAGUUGGAUGUGACCAAAAGCACGAAGAAGAGCUCGACCCAGAAGAAAUUUCCAGGAACUUUGUUCUUCGGGUCAUGGCAGCCAGGAGCCCCAAUAUCCGACUUCGAAAAAUGCUGAACAUAAAAUCUUCUAAUAGUGUGAAUGAAAAAUGCCCACUUUCAGCCCCACCAAAGCCUUCCAAGCCUCGAGCAGCAAGAUUGGCAGUGGUUUCUUCAAUUUCUCAGAGGCUGGUAGAUGCGAAAGGGAAAGCUAAAUCUCUUCCCAAGCUUAAUUCAACUCCCCAUCCCAAGGCCAGGCAAGUUGCAGCCAAGUAUUUAACUACUCCUAGGAACAAGAAGUGCCUUCCAAAUCCAAAUUCAUUUCGAAGUGUUCAAAACCCGAAACCGACAAGCCUUGCAAUGCCCAAGAACAGAAUGGUAGCAAAGGCUUUGGUCUUCCACUCUCCGAAGAAAGUCAUAAGCAUAAAGACUUCAGCAGAAUUGCGAACUCCAUUGACAAAGCUUUGUGAAGGGAUGAGGAAGCUAGAGAUAUCGAGUCAAAGGAAGCGGGCACUGGGGAAUUUGAACAAGAAGUUGAAAGAAAAUGGCUCUGAUCCUAACAGAUUGUUGCCUGUAGAUUCUUCCAGAAGACAACUUAGUGCCUGCAAGAACAGAAGCAAGGGCAGGGAACUGCCUAGGCCCCCAAAUUGCAAGGAGAGGGAAACCAAAUCUUUAAGAAGUACCGUGGGAAAGACCAAAAGGAUUGUAAGCAAAACUUGCAGCCCUGUGCCCAGGGAAACUGUUGAAAAUGACUCCAAGGACAAGGAGAUUGAGACAAAAUCAAGGAAUAGAAAUGAUACUGAGGAAACAUUAGGUUCCAUAGAUUCUGCUCAAGAAGAUGCCUCUACAGGUGAAACAAACUGCUUAUUGAGCGCUGAAGAAGGGAAUUAUUCAGAAAAUGAUUUCUCCAAACCUCAAGCUAACUCAGAAGAUGGCAGCGAAAGCAAUGACGGGAUUGACAAGGAGAACACAAAAGCAUGCUCAGAGAAAAGAGAAAGCCAGAAACACAACCAACCUGAGUUUCAAACUUCAGGAUUGGUGGUAGGACAUGAAGCUGUAGACAUGGAGAGUGAUGACAAAGAAAAUGCUUCGGCCUCUGAAGCUAACAGGGACUUGGGUCUCACUAAAAACCACUCUGGAAGAAAAAUAGUUGGCAAGCAGGAGACUUAUUUAAUCACCAAAAAGGCUAAGAAUUUGAAAGGAGCUAGCGCUGUAGCCGCAACCGGCAAUCAAGUGAUGAAGUUGAAGAAACCAAAAUCCACUAAUCCCAAGCCCUUCAGACUAAGGACUGAUGAGAGAGGAAUUCUGAAGGAAGCGAACCUGGAGAGAAGGUUGCAAUCUUCAGGUGCUCAGAAGGAAACUGCAGUAGUAACAGAGAAAGAGCUUCAGAAGGAUGAGCGUUCACCACCUUGUUUGUUUCAUAAACAGAGAAACACAGCUAGCUCAAGGACUUCGGAAGGGCAAGCGCGACCAAGGACAGCUACCACAACCCCACAACGGCGUUCCAAAUCUACACCACAAAAACUCAAGCCGGUUACUGGUGAUGUUGCAAGUCAGAAGACAGAAAACAGUCUGAGAAAGAAAAACUCACCUUCACUGCAGGGGCAGUUUAUUAGGCCCAAAGGGGUUUCUUUGAAGACGGAAAUGGCUUCAUACUUGACAUCUGGUAAACAACUCAGUGUGAUAAAGGAGCACUCAUCAACAGCUUCGAGAUCCCAGGAAGCAGGAGAGCAGCAGCAUUCAUCAACAGCUGCAACUACUACAGCAAAUAAAGCCACAACUUCUCCCGCUUCAAGAUCACUGUCAAGGGGAAAAAGGCCUGUAACCAUUCCAAAGGAGCCACACUUUCACAGUGUACAUGUGCCCAAGAGCUGCUCAAGGAAACCGACAUAGGCCAUCAUGAGGAGGAUUUCCCAGUUGAGUUGUUGAGUGUGUUGUGUUGUAUCUUCUUUGUUGUUCAAUUAUUUAUUGAAUUGCAUUUGCUUGCCUUAGUUUCUUUUCCAUUUCAUAAGCAAUUUUAUGUAGCUCUCUAACCGAGUUGGGGCAUCCAACUGAAUUGAGUGUACUUUGUCUACAAAGUUUUGCAAUAUAAUUGUUUCAUUUUUUUACGGUC